GUUUAAUAAAAAACAAUAAAAUAAUGAGUUAUUCAGCGUUCAUAUGCUUCUCGCUGUCAGAAUUUGGUCGAAGAAUAUUCAAAGGAGUCAAUCGGUGUGAGAGUCAGACACGACUCGAUGGACAGGUAGUCGUCAUCACCGGCGCCAACACUGGUCUCGGAAAGGAGACGGCAUAUCAACUGUCGCUAAGAGGGGCUCAGAUUAUAAUGAGUUGUCGGAGUAUAGAGAGGGGAGAGGAGGCUAUGAACGAUAUAAAGCUGCGGAACGGGAGGGCAGACCUGACACUCAUUCCACUGGAUUUGGCGUCUCUGAAGUCCGUACGAGAGUUCGCCAAAACGGUGUCCCAAAGGGUCGACCAAAUCGAUGUACUUAUCAAUAACGCGGGGGUUAUGAAUGUCCCGCAGUCCCAGACUGAGGAUGGAUUUGAAAUGCACUUCGGGGUCAAUCAUUUGGGCCACUUUCUGUUGACAAUGCAUUUGCUACCACUGCUAAAGAGGUCACCGAAAGCACGUGUAGUGAACGUGUCUUCGAGCGGACAUUUGGUGGGAAAUAUAGACUUCGAUAAUAUAAACCUCCGAAACGGCGCCUACAGCUCAUAUAAGGCGUACCCUCAGAGCAAACUCGCUAACGUACUGUUCACGAGGGAACUGGCCAGACGUCUGGGCACAGGUAGCAAUAUAAACACGUAUAGCUUACAUCCGGGCGGUGUCUAUACGGAGCUCCAGAGGCACUCUUUGGGAUCUAUUGGACAUAAAGUGAUGAAGAGUUUGCUGUUGAGUGCAGAACAGGGCGCACAGACACAGAUAUACUGUGCCAUCGAUGAGACCCUGGAUAAUGAGUCUGGACACUAUUAUGCCAUGAUAUCGACGGCAACCGAUGAUAAAGUGGCCGAAAAACUGUNAUUUCAAACUCAACAGCAAUUGUUUACGAUGCUGUCAUUAUUAAGGGAGUUCCCGACCACGAUGUUCAGGUGUCGGCGCAAAUUCCAGGGAACCAGACGUCUGGACGGACAGGUAGUGGUGAUCACCGGUGGAAACGCCGGUAUCGGCAAAGAGACGGCAUAUCAGCUGUCGUUGAGGGGACCGAAGAAAAUAAUAAUCGGUUCGAGAAAUGCCGAGAAUAACGAGAAAGCCGUGAAUGAGAUCAAGAGUCGUAAUCCCGGCGCCAAUAUAACGGCCCUUAAGCUGGACUUAUCGUCGCUGAAGUCCGUCCGCGAGUUCGCCAAACAAAUCACGGAAAGUGAGUCCAAAGUGGAUAUACUGGUCAACAACGCAGGCGUUCCCGUAGUGCUCGGACCGGCACAGGAGACGGUCGACGGCUAUGAACUGCAAUUGGAGGCCAACUAUUUGGGUCACUUUCUAUUAACUAUGCAUUUGUUGCCAUUGAUGCGGAAGUCUGUGAGCGCCCGCGUCAUCAACGUGUCGACCAAUGGACACGUUUUUGGACAAAUAAAUCUGAGUAACAUUAACCUCCGUAACGGCGCCUACACUGCUAUGAGCGCCCACCUACAGACCAAACUGGCGCUGGUGUUGUUCGCCCGGGAAAUGGCCACACGAUUGGGUGGCAAAGAUAGUAAUGUCAAGACCUAUGCUAUUAACCCGGGUAUUGUCAACUCGAGACCCGCGAGUAAUAUUGUGGGCCGCUUUUUCAAGGCGUUAUUAACCCUGAGCAUUGAGAUGGGACCGCAAACCUACCUGUACUGUGCGUUGGACGAGAUGCUGGACAAUGAGUCGGGUCACUAUUAUGAUAACUGUCGUCGAGUGGACCGAAUGGCCAGUUAUGCCGUCGACGACAAAACGGCUCACGAUUUGUGGCAAUUGAGCGAAGAUUUAGUGAAACUCGAGACUCAGUACAGGAUAUGA